UUCGCGGAAAGUCCGUUUCCCGCGGCUCUUUCUCGCUCUUCUGCUCUUUGGCCCAUCCCCGUACGCGAGGAGGUGUGAGCGGUCAUGUAGGGGCUCGGGAUCGCGCAACGAGCGAAUAAGCGCGCGUCCGCCCCAGCUCACAACUGUGUCAAAGUGGAUCGGCGCGGAGCGCAGUGAGUGUGAGAGGCGGAGGAGCCCGUCACACACCGGCACAUACACUGGGACGCACCGUGCGAGGACUCGAUGCCCAGGUGCUAAGAGAAGGUCCUUCCCCUGAGGCCCUCCUUGGCAGUCAGAGGAGCAGUCGGUGCCGCUAUGACUACGUCGUGGCAGGAAGCCUCCCCCAAGUCAUUGUCAGCAUUGCUGCUGCUGCUCCUCUCCCUCCUCUUGGCACUUGCCUCACCGCCCUCCCUCAUGCCGGCCACCCAGGCCACACCAGAGUGUGCGCGCAGAGAGCACCCAGUCAUCUCUUUCCAAGUGCUCAGCCCCUGGGUCUUCAAUUUCUCCUACCCUGGAGUGAGGGACUUUUCCCAGCUGGCCCUGGAUCUCACCAGGAACCAAGUGAUAGUGGGGGCAAGAAACUAUCUUUUCAGACUAAGUCUAAGCAAUGUGUCCCUGAUACAAGCAACAGAGUGGGGCCCAGACGAAGACACCAGGAGGUCCUGCCAGAGUAAAGGGAAGACAGAGGUGGAGUGCCAGAACUACAUCAGGGUGCUGCUCAUCAACGGCAAGCAGCUCUUCACCUGUGGCACCAAUGCUUUCAUGCCCAUCUGUACAACACGACAGGUAGGCAACAUGAGUCGUGUGUUGGACAAGGUAAAUGGCGUGGCGCGCUGCCCAUAUGAUCCACGCCACAACUCUACAGCCGUGAUGACGGAGAAAGGAGAGCUGUAUGCCGCUACUGUGAUUGACUUUUCAGGACGGGACCCUGUCAUCUACCGCAGCCUUGGCAACAUGCCGCCACUGCGCACAGCGCAGUACAACUCCAAGUGGCUCAAUGAGCCCCACUUCAUCUCGGCCUAUGAUGUGGGCCUUUUCACCUAUUUCUUUCUGCGGGAGAAUGCGGUGGAGCACGACUGCAGCAAGACAGUGUACUCACGAGUAGCCCGAGUGUGCAAGAAUGAUGUUGGUGGCCGUUUCCUACUGGAGGACACGUGGACCACGUUCAUGAAGGCGCGUCUCAACUGCUCCCGCUCUGGAGAAAUCCCCUUUUACUACCAUGAGCUGCAGAGCACUUUCUACCUUCCUGAGCAAGACCUCAUAUAUGGCAUAUUCACCACCAAUGUAAACAGCAUUGCUGCUUCAGCAGUUUGUGCUUUCAACCUCAGCGCUAUAACUCAGGCCUUCAACGGGCCCUUCCGCUCCCAGGAAAACCCGCGCUCCACAUGGCUACCAACGCCUAACCCUAUCCCAAACUUCCAGUGUGGCACCGUCAAUGACAGCGGUCCCAACGUGAACCUGACAGAGCGCAGCUUGCAGGAUGCUCAGCGUCUCUUUCUGAUGAACGACGUGGUGCAGCCUGUCUCCAUCGACCCCCUGGUCAUGCAGGACAACAUGCGCUUCUCCAAAUUGGUAGUGGACAUUGUCCAGGGCCGUGAUACACUCUACCAUGUCAUGUACAUUGGCACAGAGUAUGGCACUAUCCUGAAGGCGCUCUCAACAGCGAAUAAGAGCCUGCAAGGCUGCUAUCUGGAGGAGAUACAGCUCCUCCCCACCGAUAUAUGGGAACCCAUCUUGAGCCUGCAGAUACUCCACAGUGACCGCUCUCUCUUUGUUGGCUUGAAUAACAGAGUGCUGAAGAUCCCCCUGGAGAGAUGCUCUAGCUACAGGACCGAGCAGGUCUGCCUGGAUGCGCGGGACCCUUACUGUGGGUGGGACCGGAAGCAGAAACGCUGCACCACCAUUGAGGACAGCUCCAACAUGAGCCAGUGGAGCCAGAACAUCACAGUGUGCCCAUUGAGGAAUUUGACCGUAGAUGGUGGUUUUGGGCCCUGGGCUCAAUGGCAGCCCUGCAACCACGAGGACGGGGACAGCACCAGUGCCUGCAUGUGUCGCUUGCGACCGUGCAACAGCCCCACCCCUCGGUGUGGGGGCCGAAACUGCGAAGGCCCCACCAUGCAGGUGUCUAACUGCUCCAGGAAUGGAGGCUGGACACCUUGGUCAUCCUGGGCUCAGUGCAGUACCAGCUGUGGGAUCGGGUUCGAGGUUCGCCAGCGUUCUUGUAAUAACCCCUCACCCAGGCAUGGAGGACGAGUUUGUGUGGGACAAAGUCGAGAGGAGAGGCUAUGCAAUGAGAAGGUGUCCUGCCCAUUACCUGUCCUGUGGUCCAUAUGGGGGUCCUGGACCAAGUGCAGUUCAGAGUGCGGAGGGGGGGUUCACUCACGCAUCAGAAGCUGUGAGAACGGAAACAGCUGCCCAGGCUGUGCACUGGAGUACAAGACCUGCAACCUGGAAGCGUGUCCAGAGGUGCGACGCAACACGCCCUGGACCCCCUGGAUGCCUGUCAAUGUGACACAGGGUGGGGCCCGUCAGGAGCAGAGGAUGCGCUACACAUGCCGUGCCCAGCUGGCCGACCCCCACGAGCUGCAAUUUGGCAAGCGCAAAGUGGAGACGCGCUUUUGCCCCAACGACGGCUCUUCCGCCUGUGAAACUGACAGCCUUGUGGAAGACCUGCUGAAAACUGGUCGGCCAAUGAUGAGAGGAGUAGGAGCCACGUGGUCGCCAUGGGAGACAUGGUCCACCUGCUCACAAGAAUGUGCAAUGGGUUUCCGUACCCGGAAACGCACCUGUGCCACCCCCGAGGGCAAGACUGUCCUUGUGGCCUGCAGUGGCUCUCCUGUGGAAUACCAAGAAUGUAACCCUCAGGCUUGUUCAGUGAAGGGUGGCUGGUCGUGUUGGUCCUCCUGGUCCCAGUGCUCGGUCACUUGCGAUGGGGGGCACUAUCAGCGUACACGCAGCUGUACCAAUCCUGCUCCGACUGGUGGAGGGGACAUCUGCAUCGGCCUUCACACGGAGGAGGCUCUGUGCAACACAAACCCAUGCAAAGGAGGCUGGACAGCCUGGUCGGGCUGGGGCCCCUGCGAGGACACGGGUCUGCAGCUGCGCAGCCGUACCUGCCAGGACCCUGGCACCGGUUUCUGCCCGGGUAACGGCACCGAGCGUCGGGAUUGUCUAUCCAGUGAGGUCCCAGUCAUCCUUCCGGCAUCUGGUUUUGACAAGAACCUCAACUGUGGAGCAUUCACUCUGCCUCAUCUGAUUGCCACUGGGGUCUCCUGCUUUCUCGGCACUGGCUUACUGAGCUUCCUGCUCUACAUCUACUGCCAGCGGUUUCACAAACCAUCACAAGAGUCUGCUGUGAUCCACCCCACUACGCCCAACCACCUCACCUACAAAGGAAACUCCACACCAAAGAAUGAGAAGUACACUCCGAUGGAAUUCAAGACGCUAAAUAAGAACAACCUGCUUCCAGAUGAGAGGACCAACUUCUUUCCUUCCCCACUCCAGCAGACCAACGUUUACACCACCACUUACUACCCCACUACUCUCAACAAAUAUGACUACCGGCCUGACUCCUCUCCCUCCCCCUGCCGGACCUACACCCCCAGCUGAGAUACACCUUUGUUCCCUGCUCUAGAUACCAUGGUGACACGACUGGGCUUGCGGUGCAUUGUCUUGGCCUUAUGGGCCUCUGGUAAACUCAUAUUUCCAAAAGCGCAGUCCGGAUACUCUCUUCCCUUCCUCAAGCAGACAAGAGCCUGACAGUAUAGCACGCCCUUUAAUUUGUUCUUGGACAUCUUGGUUAAUAAGGUGGCACUUUAUCAAGAGAAGAGUAAAGCCUCUUCUGAAACAACAUGAACCUACAUGUAUCUCCAAAACUGGAUUUCCUCAGAUGGGCCAGAACCUAACCUGUUGCAUGGAUUUUAAAUGUCCUUGGUGGGGAAAGAUGCUGUAGGAUGCUUCUCUGUAAACUGUUGUCAGAGCUGAGUGCAUCUCUGUGGAGGUGGUUAAACAAUGCUCCUUUAAAAAAAAAAACCAGACUGAAGGAAGAAAAAAGAAAAAUGCCGAAAGGCUAAG